AGUUGGAAUUUUGGAGUUUUUUUUGGAUAAAUAAAUGUGUUGAUUCCAGUGAUGAUCUCAUCCUUAUUGAAAUAUCGAAUACAAAAAGUGAGCUUUGUUUGAAGUAACUGUGACAUUGAGCAAAUUUAAAUUUAAGUGACUUUAACAAUCGAUUCAGACUCAUCUUCUUCACAUGAACAAUGCAAUCUUCACUGAGUGCACAAAGUAAUUCUGUAAGCAUGUCUUGGACAGCAACUUUUGUAUUGCUCAUUACGACGAACGUGUAUGGCUCCGUGCUUAAAAUUAGUGGUGAAGCUGACGAUAGUUCGUCAGACCAUUUAACAUCGUCAACUAGUAAUGACACAUGCGUAACAAAAGUAUGUGAAAAUGAAUCGGCUCUGAUCAAAAGAUGGCUAAAGGAAUCGAUUGACCCGUGCGAUAAUUUUUAUGAUUUUGCUUGCGGAUAUGUUGAGUUCAUCCCAGGACUUCAGCCAAGAGCCUACUCACAAGUGUCGUCAGAGACUCACAACCAAUUGAUCCAGUUUUUAUCGGAACCACUGAAUUCUACUGAUGCAACAGCUAUCCGACUAACAAAAAUCUUUUAUCAAAGUUGCGUUUCGCGUUCGAUGUGGAAACGUUCAGUCACUGACUCAUUCUUAGACAAAUAUGGAGGUUGGCCAUUGCGUGAUGGUGACGAUUGGAAAAGUGGGCAAUACGAUUGGAUUGAAGUUAAGAAGAAUAUGCAAAUCGAUGGUUUCUACUUAGAAUCAAUUUUUACAGUCGGUUUUUACGAUGAUUUCGCGGAUGACAACAGAAUUGUCUUUUACAUUGACCAGGGAAACUUUCUAUUGAACAACAUCUACUCUAAGGAUAUUAGACACGAAGCGAGACGUUAUAUCAAACAAAGAGCUAAGGGUCCAAGACGUGUUUUUGAAACUGAGCUGCUACAUUGCAUAGAUUUCGAGAAAGAAUUACAAAAGAUAGCAUUGACUGACGACCUAGAAACACGAUUCGCUUGGAACACACGGUCGUCUAUUCGACAAGUGCAAAUCGAUUAUCCGUACAUAAACUGGUUAACCUUCCUCAACGGCUGUUUGAAUGGAAGUGAAAUGGUUACGGAAAAUGAUACGGUUCUAGUGAUGGAUCCUGACUAUUUUCGACAGCUUGGAUUGAUUCUCCAGAAAACUACAAGCCGAAGGAUUGCCAAUUACAUUGGUUUUGCGACAAUCGUAUACGGAGCAUCACGACUUCACGUGAAUGGCAUAGGCGUUGACGUAUCAACAGAGAACUGCUUACUAUCGACGGAAGAAAGCUUUCCCGAUUUACUCGGAGCGAUUUACGUUCAAAAUUUCGUCAGCAAAGAAACGAAAUCAACGGCCAUCCGGUUAAGCGAGAAAAUUCGCUAUGAAUUCGUCAAAAUGCUGGAAAACGCUUCAUGGCUAGACAACGAUACCAUUUCCGCAGCUGUUGAUAAGGCCAAUGCAAUGGACUUUAAUAUUGCUUACUGUGACACUCACAUUAAUAACAGCAAAUUGGACAAGCGUUAUGAAGGUCUGGACAUACAACCCAAUGCAUCGUAUCUGCAAAAUUUAUUGCAAGUCAACAGGUUUCUUGCCGCUGCUAUGAUUACGUUGUUGCGUCAACCGCUCACCAUUGACGAUUUUGAUGCCAUACAACCGACUAGUACUUCUCCGAAGUAUUGGUCCGACAAUAAUAGCAUUGGCAUUCCUGCUGCCAAUUUGCAGGGCCGCUUUUUCUCCAUCAACAGGCCACCUACUUUGAACUUUGGGGGCAUUGGUUCGGUCAUUGGACAUGAAAUUACUCACGGUUUCGAUAAAACUCGCAUUGAAUGGGAUCGCUAUGGAAACGUGUUGUUUCGAGAUGAUGCUCAGCAAAUCUACAAUAGGAAGGCACGAUGCUACGAGAAACAGUAUUACAACUUUAAGCAUCCUUCCAUCGACAAUUUAACGGUGAAUGGAACUUUAACCCUUAAUGAAAAUAUUGCUGACAAUGUGGGCAUUAAGGCUGCAUAUGCUGCGUACCAAAAGUUCGUCAACGAAACGGGUGCAGGGCUUAAGCUGCCGAAUCUGAACUUUACGGCAGAUCAACUCUUCUGGAUCGCAGCUGCACAGUUGCACUGUGGUAGGACAUACGUUUUGGGGUUUCGCGUUACGACUGAUUAUGACGACGUACAUGCACCGAACAGAUAUCGCGUUAUCGGAAUGUUUCGCAAUUCGGACGAAUUUGCGCGUGAUUUUAAAUGCAAAGUUGGUAGUAACAUGAAUCCACCGAAAGAUGAGAAAUGCGAGUUGUGGUGAAUUAUGGACUCUUAUGAACUGGUGUGCAAAAUAAAAGUCAGUUCUUUUUACCUAAAUGGGCAAAUUUCCUCUUUUACUUUUGAACGAUUCGAUGAA